AUGUCUAUGACAAACCACCCAAAAGCCUACGGCAGUGCAGCCGUAGCAAUCGCAUUUGUGGCUGGUAUACUUGCGACCUUGGGCUUCAAAGACUUUUACCCAGAUCUAGAACGCAGAUAUCAGCGCCGACGAGGUCAACCCUACAAUCCCGCAGACUCACGACCAGGGAGCACAUAUCUUGCAGCCGCGCCUCUGAGUCUAGAAGACCACUCCAAAAGUGCAAGAAACUCAAGAAGCAGCUUGCCAGCGCCACCAAUACCAGAAGGUAUAGAAGGAUGUAUCGGCAACACUCCACUUUUCAAAAUCAGGAGUUUAUCAGAAGCUACGGGGUGUUUGAUUCUUGCCAAGGCUGAGUUUCUGAAUGGGGCUGGGAAUAGUCCAAAGGAUAGGGUGGCGUUGAAUAUGAUCAAGAUGGCUGAGGAGGAAGGACUUUUGACUCCUGGACAGGGAGAUACUAUUUAUGAGGGUACGGUUGGAUCAACGGGGAUUUCGCUGGCUACUUUGGCGAGGGCAAAGGGGUAUAAAGCUUAUAUUUGUAUGCCCAAUGAUCAGAGUACUGAGAAGAGCGAUUUGUUGACGCAUCUGGGCGCUACUGUUGAGCGAGUUACUCCGGCGCCAAUUACUUCGACUGAACAUUUUGUCAAUCUUGCUAGGACGAGAGCAAAGGAGCAUACGAAUUCAAGUGGGACUUCUAGUAAGGGAUUCUUUGCUGAUCAGUUCGAAUCUGGAGCGAAUUACAAAGCUCAUCUUCAGACUACGGGACCUGAGAUUUGGCAACAGACCGGAGGACAUGUAGACGCUUUUGUUGCCGGUGCUGGAACUGGUGGAACAAUCUCAGGUGUUGCACUGUAUUUGAAGCAAAACAUGGGCAUGAGCAAUGAGCUCAAAGUAGUUCUCGCAGACCCAGAGGGAAGCGGUUUGUAUAACAAAGUCAAGAAUGGGGUGAUGUUUUCCAAUACCGAGAGAGAAGGCACUCGUCGACGACAGCAAGUCGAUACCAUCGUAGAGGGUAUUGGGCUGAACCGACUUACCGAAAAUUUCGAAGCUGGAAGAGAGUUAAUUGAUGAUGCUGUCAAAGUCACCGACAUUCAAGCAUUUAAAAUGGCGAGAUGGUUAGUUGAGAAAGAUGGUAUCUUCGUUGGAAGUAGUAGUGCCGUCAAUUGUGUAGCAGCGGUUGCUACCGCCUUACAGAUGCCCAAGGGGAGCCGGGUUGUUACGAUAUUGUGUGAUAGUGGUACCCGACAUCUCAGCAAGUUCUGGAAGAAGGUUGGUGAAGCUGGACUUGAAGAAGGACAUGACCAAGAUGAUUUGAUAGAAUUGCUUUCACUAAAGUAA